GCGGCGGCGGCUCUGGUGUCCGUAAGGGUGCGACCCAGGGUCAGGAUGCGGCGGAGCCCCCACCCGGGCUCGGCCACGUCCCCGCACAAACACACGCCCAACUUCUACAGCGACGACAGCCACAGCUCCAUGAGCGCCACCUCCGGGGAGAGCAGCGGGCCCCGGUCCACUGGACCAGGUCCUGUGGAGCCCGACGGCAGAAAAGCCCGGGGCUCGAGCUGCGGGGAGCCCGCCCUGAGCUCAGGAGUGCCCGGAGGAACCACAUGGGAUGGAAGCUCUCCACAGAAGCUGGCGCCUCAGAGCCACAGUGGGACCGCCGGGGGCGCGGCAACCGUGAGGGGCGGGGCCUCGGAACCCACUGGGUCUUCUAUAGUCUCUCAGGAACACUUCGACCUUCUCUCGACAAUGCCUGAGAUGCAGGAGAUGACUCCCCCACGACUAUCCAAGAGUUUGCUGAGCUCACUCCUCCAGGUGCUGAGUGUGUUGUUUUUCCUAGGAGACAUGCUGGUCAGUGUAUACAGGGAAGUCAGUUCGUUCCGAUUCCUGGUCACAGUUUUGUCUCUGCUGGGCGUCUUUCUGGCAGUAUUCUGGUGCGGGCUCCUGUACCUGAUCCCUCCCCUGGACAACGAACCUAAGGAAAUACUGACUCUAAGCCAGUACCACGAACGCGUGCGGUCCCAAGGACAACAGCUGGAGCAGCUCCAGGCCGAGCUGGAUAAACUUCACAAGGAGGUGUCCAGUGUUCGUGCAGCCAACAGCGAGAGAGUGGCUGAGCUGGUGUUCCAGAGGCUGCACGAAGAUUUUGUGAGGAAACCUGACUAUGCGCUGAGCUCUGUGGGAGCCUCCAUUGACCUAGAGAAGACAUCCCAAGACUAUGUGGACACAGACACUGGUUACUUCUGGAAUCACUUCAACCUUUGGAACUAUGCACGGCCACCGACGGUUAUCUUAGAACCGGAUGUCUUCCCUGGGAAUUGCUGGGCUUUUGAGGGUGACCAGGGUCAGGUGGUGAUCCGGCUGCCAGGCCGUGUGCAGCUGAGUGACAUCACGCUGCAGCAUCCACCACACAGCGUGGCACACACCGGUGGAGCCGACAGCGCCCCCCGAAAUUUUACAGUCUAUGGCAUUGAAGCAGAUGAUGAGACUGAGGUGUUUUUGGGGAAUUUCACCUUUGAAGUGGAAAAAUCAGAGAUUCAGACUUUCCACCUACAGAAUGACCCCCCAGCUGCCUUUCCUAAGGUGAAGAUCCAGAUUCUAAGCAACUGGGGCCACCCCCGUUUCACAUGCUUAUAUCGAGUCCGAGCCCAUGGCCUGAAGACCACAGAGGAGACAGGGGAUAGUGCUCCUGGGGAGCUUCAUUAAACAUGCUACUACUGGA